AUGGCCAGAUGGUUAUUGUUACUGUCAGAGUUUGACAUAACCUAUGUCAAUCAAAAGUCUGUAAAGGGGCAAGCAAUCUCAAACCAUUUGGCAGAAUUCCCUAUAAAGACUGAUCCACAACCAACGGAGGAUUCCUUCCCAGAUGAAGAUUUGCACUAUAUAGAAGAAGGUCAAAAUGAAGAAUGGCAAUUACAUUUUGACGGAACUGCAAAUCAAAAAAGGUUUGGGGUAGGAGUAUUACUCGUAACUCCAGAGGACUUUUACCUACCCAUGGCAUUCCGCUUGAAGUUCAGUUACACUAAUAACAUUGUGGAAUAUGAAGCUUGUGUCAUUGGUCUAGAAAUGGCCUUAUCGGUGGGAGUAAAAAAGAUCAAAGUCUUUGGAGAUUCUUCGAUCAUGAUUUGUCAAACUCAAGGGAAGUGGAGGACAAGGGACAAGAAGUUAAAGCCCUACCAGGUAUAUUUGGAGCAAUUGGCCAAAGGCUUCAAAGAAAUCUCUUUCGAAUACCUACCUAGAGAUAGCAAUCGGUUUGCGGAUGCCUUGGCUACUUUAGCCUCCAUGGUAGAAUGCGAUCCUAGGGAUAGGAUUCGGCCCUUUCUGAUAGAAAGGACUAGCCCAACAUACGGAGAGCCGGUCAAUGUGCUCACCGAGGAUGGAAGACCCUGGAACGCCCCAAUAGUUGAUUAUAUUAGAGAAAGGAGGUACCCUAAACAUUUCACAGAAAAGUAA